GAGCGAGAGAGAGACAGAGAGGGGGGAGAGAGAGAGUCGGCACCCCGCUAACUCCACAUCCAGCACACACGCUGCCUUCUGAUUUGCUCAUUUACUGAUAUCGAUCCGCAUUGAUCAGCGCUGAACUUUUUACGCACGGCAACUUCUCCACCGUUCUCGCGUUUUUCUUUGUUUUUUUUUUAAAUUUUGUUUUUAAUUUCCCGGAUAACAUGGUAACAACGCAACUACUUCCAUCCCCUGUCGUUCAUUCAUAGCCGGUGACAAGUGCGACUUCAGAAUCAGAUGUGAUCAGGAAGUAAAAAAGAAAAGAUCUUACUCGUGGAAGAAACCAAGAAAAGAAUGAGGCAGGCUGCCGAUGUGGAGCGCUAAAACCAAGAGGAGUUCGUGUUUUUUUCCCCCUUCCUGACAGGCUUUAAGUGAAUAAAUACAACGAUCUGCAAGUAAAAAACGCAAGGAUGACAGUCAAGCUGGACUUCGAGGAGUGUUUGAAAGACUCUCCGCGUUUCAGGGCUGACAUCGAGGUAGUCCAGAGCGACGUGAGCGAAAUCGAGACACGACUGGAAAAGCUCGUGAAACAAUGCCAGGCCAUGCUGGAGGCAGGCCGGGUCUACUGCCAGACCAGCAAGAGCUUUGUCAACGGCCUCCGGGAGCUGGGACACCACUGCUCUGAGGACAAAAUGAUGGAGGAUUGCUUGGAAAAAUUUUCCAAAAGGCUGUCUGUCAUCUUGGAGUUACAGGGGGAAGUUAUUGAGAUCACACAAAAGUCGGUGAAGACGAAGCUGCAGAACUUUGUGAAAGAAGAUGUUCGCCGGUUUAAGGAUGUGCGAAAAGAGUUUGAGCGCAGCAGCGAAGCCCUGGAGGGGGCGCUGUCCAGAAAUGCUCAGGCUCCACGAGGGAAGCAGCACGAAGUGGAGGAGGCGACCAACGCUCUGCUCAAUGCGCGUAAGGCCUUUCGGUCUGAGGCCUUGGACUAUGUUUUGCAGAUUAACGUCAUCGAGGCCAAGAAGAAGACAGAUAUUCUGAUGGCAAUGCUGUCGCUGAUGGAGGCCCAAGCCAUGCUGUUCCAACAAGGCCACCAGUCUCUGUCAGAACUCGAUCAGUAUCGUCACAAACUAAGUGAAGAGCACACCCAGUUUGUUCUAAACGCUGCCAGGGAGAAGAGAGAUAUGGAGCAAAGACAUGCAGCAAUCAAGCAAAAGGACAUGUCCUAUGAUGACUCCAUUAUGGAUUUCAAUGCUGACGCAGCUAAUGGGAUUGCAAUGGAGGGCUACCUCUACAAGAGAGCCAGCAAUGCCUUCAAGACCUGGAGCAGGCGCUGGUUUUCAAUUCAGAAAAAUCAGCUGGUGUAUCAAAAAAAAUUCAAGGACCAGCCUACAGUUGUGGUUGAAGACUUGCGUCUUUGCACAGUCAAGCCCAGCACUGAAAAUGAGAGACGGUUCUGCUUUGAAGUGGUCUCCCCAUCAAAGUGCUGUUUGUUGCAGGCGGACUCAGAAAGGCUGCAGCAAGCAUGGAUUAGCGCCGUCCAAAACAGCAUCGCUUCAGCUUUCCAGGAGCGCAGAGAAGACACGCACAGCCCAAGGCAGCGUUGCAGCUCAAUGUCAGCGAGCAAUUUGCUGGGAGGGGGAGGCGGAGGAUGCGUGGAUCAGGAGAAUGAGGGCUGCAAGGCGCUGGAAGAGGUUCAGGCAAUCCCAGGGAACAAGCAGUGCUGCGACUGCGGAGAGCCCGGUCCUGAUUGGGCCUCCAUCAACCUCGGCAUCACGCUUUGUAUCGUCUGCUCAGGAAUACACAGGAGCCUUGGAGUCCAUUUCUCCAAAGUACGCUCCCUCACUCUCGACUCCUGGGAGCCUGAGCUCAUUAAGUUGAUGUGUGAAUUAGGAAACACGGUAAUCAACAGGAUCUACGAGGCUCGGAUUGAUGAGAUCACCAUCAAGAAGCCCCACCCCUCCAGUCCCAGAGGAGACAAGGAGUCCUGGAUCCGCUCAAAGUACGUUGAAAAGAAGUUCAUCCAAAAGCUGCCCGAGACUGGCAGGAACCCCCCUCUGAGGCGAUCCAGUGCCAGGAGAAACCGAGCGACCACACAGGAUCGGACCGUACAGAGGCCGCCUCUGAAACCCAAACCAAACCGAGCCACUCUGCCUCGGGUCACAGGGUUGAGCCCCAGUGACCUCGUCCAGAAAAACAAUUCGGGCUUUCACAAAGAGGUUGAAGAGGAAGAGGAGGAUCUCAGCGGUCUCCACCCCGGGGCGUUGCUGUACCGCUCGGCAGCCCUGCAGAACUUCCCCGUCAUGGCGGACGCUCUGGCCCACGGAGCCGACGUCAACUGGGUCAACGUGGCCGAGGAGUCGAGCACACCGCUGAUACAGGCCGUCUCUGUGAAUGCCCUGGCAGCCUGUGAAUUCCUGCUGCAGAACGGUGCCAACGUCAACCAGGCGGAUAGCAACGGGAGAGGGCCGCUGCACCACGCCACCAUCAUGGGUCACACGGGCCUGGUUUGUCUCUUCCUAAAACGAGGAGCUGACUACAACGCCCGAGACAAGAACCAGAAAGACCCCAUAACUAUCGCUGUGGACAACGCAAAUGCCGACAUCGUCACUUUGUUGCGGAUUGCCAAAAUGAACAAGGAGAUGCGGGAGAUGGACGGAGCAUUCGGCCAACCAGGUCAUUCGGGGGGGCAGGGAUCUGGGGGGACGGGAGGUGGGCUGGCCCACACCAGGAAGAGCCUCCAGGCUAUUAAGAACCAUAUAAGUGGUUGGGCUCUAGGGGGGCAAAAUGAUUAACAGGGAUAAAAAUGACCAGUCAAGACAUGCAUCAUCAACUUUUAGUUAAGAAGAAAAAAAAAAAUGCCUUGAUUGUGAAAGAUUCAAAUUCAGGGUACGACAAGAAUUAAGGCAAACGUGAUCGCUAAAGAGAAGAACUCUCUUGUGAAGCAGAGGACGGACAUUGAAACAUUCUGCAUGCACUUUGAAUUACAAAUGCACAUGUUCUUGCACUUUGAAACCCACAAACUAUCUAAAUCCCUUAUCAAGAGACAGUGGGCGUCUAUGUGGGUGUCUUCAAUGUCUCGCUGUUGUAUAACUGAGCUUUAAGAACAUGUAUAUAUAAUAGACCUAUAUCGGGCCUAUUCUCUGUAUAUAUUUUGGAUAUUUUUAUAUCCAGUAUCUGUUAGAUGGUCUUUAUGGUGUAUCCGGAUGAACUGUCUUUUCAUUCCAGUUAUGUAAGCUAAAUUCAGUGUUGGGUUUGGUUCUCAGUGACAAUUUCCUCCACACUAUUCUGUGAAUAGUGACUCAGUUGAAGCUUUUACACUGUUUUAUGUGUUUGUAUUUAUUAUGCUGUCAGCCAGGUCCAAGAGCUCUGUAGCCCGUGAGCUUAAGGUUAACAGUGGGUUUGUCGUCUGGCUCUUUUUCAAGCUGCAAAGUCCGUUCUUUCAUGACUGAUCGAGGCUUAGACUGCGAGUUGCAUCUAGUUUUCAGUCAUGAAGGAAUGGAAACGUGACGCGUUUGUCUGCUUGAAACGACUGCUGGUCAGUAUUUGACGUGCUGUGCUUUGUCAUUGUCUGUCUUGGUUGUGUGCACUCGUUGCCUUCUGCCCGCUGAGACGUCCAGCUGGUCUCAACUGCUUGUGCAGUGUGCCACCUACAGCAAACUAAGAGGUAAAGUGCGUGUGCAUGCCUUUGUGUGUUUAUUCGUUGAGUUGCAUGCGUCGUGCUUCAGGGCUACAGCUUUUAAUAUGUUCAGGAAAUAGCUGGUGAAGUUUCUGCCAAUAAAAUUAAAGGUGUCCCA